AUGGCGCCGCGGAAGCCUCAUCGGAAAUCCCGGGCCGGCUGUCUCCAGUAUUCGGCCAUAAAGCUUUCGAAUUUAGGAUCUGGACCGGAGCUGAACGCCCAGUCUCGUGACACCGUUCAUCCGCCGGCCACCGAGCGACACUACUCCAAGGCCACACGACUCAAGGAACUUCAUCUGAUGCACCACUACGGAACUGCAACGUGCGAGACGCUGGGAGAAAUACCUCAACAGAUUGAACUGUGGAAAACGGCCAUCCCGAAAAAAGCCAUGCGGCAUGAAUACCUCAUGGAUGGCCUCUUAUCCAUCGCGGCGCUCCACUACGCCCACCUUGACCCUUCCAUGGGCUGGGCUUACACAGAGGCUGCCGUCCAAUAUCAAAACUCCGGACUAAUCGGGUAUCGUACGGCGCUCCUCCAUAUCAAUGACGACAACUACGAGGCCAUCUUCAUCUUCUCUGUCAUCCUUACGGUCCUCGGCUUCGCGAUGCCUGCGGCCUAUACGGAACGGCAGCCCGUAUCGCCCGCCGAGACCAUCUUCUCAAUCUAUGAGCUUCUCAAGGGCAUCGCUUUGACCUCACAGGUGUAUUCAGAGGCUAUCCAAAGCGGGAUGUUUAGCCCCCUUUUCCAAAAGGUUGACCGACGCCAUUCGAAUCCAUGCAUCAUGCCGAGCGGACAGGUGGAGGCAGCCAUGGCACGCCUGCGCCAGCGCGCCGGAUUCAUGACAAAAUACGUUGGCACCGAGGCGCAGGAGGUCUAUAUCUCUAGUAUUGACAGUCUUGAGGCGAGCUUCCGCGAUGUUGCGGCGUCACAGACUAUUUCUAUCGUUAUGGCGUGGCCUGUGAUGGUCAAUGACAAGCUGGUCAGCCUCUUCAAACAGGGCGACCCGAUGGCAUUACUGAUCUGGGUUCAUUAUGGUGUUUUAGCGCUCAUGAUUCAUGACCGAUGGUGGGGGAAGGGGUUUGGUGUGCGACUUAUUGAAGAUCUGUGUAGUACUCUUCAUGGUCUCGACCCUGAGUGGGCAUCCUGGACGGAAUGGGCGAGAAAUUGCGCUUUGUUGGCUGUGUGA